GAGACAACCUGCAGCCGGUUCCUGGCGCAUGUCAGCAACACAAGCCUAGCGCCUAUCCAGAUAUACGAGUAUCAUUUCAGCUGCCCCCGAAUACUUUUAUAGUGCACUGGAAUUCCCUCGUCGAUGAUUCGUACCAACGCGUACGUCGCCGCUGCUGCUACGCUCAUGUAAAAUGGGCUUGUUAAUAUGUGUGCGUUUGCGAGCGCUGCGCCUCAGCCUUGUGCAGUACCCAGGUAGUAUUUAACACUGCUGCUCCGCUUUCUCUUGACACCUAAAGCAGCGAGUAAAAAGCCUACCAACUCAACGAAUCCAUUGCGGCUUUUUACAAACGAAUAUUAUCACUGAGCUGAAAAUUAACGUCACGUGCUGAUUCAGCAAUGGAAACUUCAUCUGAUGAUUUUUCCGAUGAAUACGGAUGCGACCCCUCUGAGACCAUGAUGGAUUACAUCGCUCUCAAUAUGGAGGCCAGUGUUUUCCCGAAGACACGGAGUAAGUUUCUCCCUGAAAGGCUCAUCGAGGACAUAUUCUCCCUGGAUCUUCCUGGUGCCAAAAGCACCCAGAACGCACAGGAGCGCGUUCUGUGGAUCCUAGAAACUCAGACCAAGGGUGAUCGAGAAAUUGCGUUAGCGGAAUUCAUCGUGAGACAGGCGCGAAGAAUAUUUCUCAUCUGCAUUUAUUGCCGCCUGUCUGCAAAGGAGCUCAUUCAAGCAAUGUCCAUGUUCAUGGACUUUGCCUUUGACGACAACAGUCUACCGAUCACUUCAGAGGAUAUCACACCAGCGGAGACUGUAUCACGGAUAAAGGAUGGCAGACAUCCAUUCCACAUCAUGGAACCAAACCCCAAGAUCACACAAGUUAAACACCGCAGACGCUUUUGGACAUCGUACCGUAUCCAUUCAUUCACUGAAUCUCAGUGGAAGUUCCUGGCCCCUAUUCUUUCACAAUCCGUUCUGGUCCAUGACGUUGGUAGGCACAUACUACCGUUUGUCCGAGGCCCGAACAGCACCCGUGCAAGCGAAGGCACAUUUGGAUCUGUCACGUGUUUCGAAGUGCACCGCGAUCAUCUCAGAGACAGUGGAGAACAGAAGUCACCCUCUGGCUGUAUCAUCGCGGUGAAAGAGUUCAAGAAAGAUCGAAAAACCAUUGUAAAACAAUGGGAAAAUGAAGUCAGAGUGUUGGAAAAGAUGAACACUCUUCGUCACAAUCAUAUUGCUCGCUUUGUGACUGCUUUUCGAUAUGGCGAAGGACCGGAUCUAGAUCAUUUCAUUUGCUUCGAAUGGGCAGAUGGCGGCAAUUUGGCUGACAUGUGGAGCGAAGAUCCACAGCCCCUAUUCGUUGAAGGCAAUCCAUUACUUAAGGUGUCUGACGGCGAAAGUUCCGAGGAGUCUUUCAUCCAUGGCGACAUCAAGCCGAAGAACAUACUUUGGUUCAAAAAAGGUGGAGCAAUUGGGACUUUGAAGCUCGCUGAUUGGGGACAAGCAGGAGAGUAUGAUGGUGCCAACACCGCAACACGUCAUAAUACCACCGGUAGAUAUGGGACUCGUCGAUAUGAGCCACCGGAGAUCGAGACAGGAAUCCCGAUUGAUGCUUUUGGAAGUACCAAACGCGUUCGGUCUCGACUGUACGAUGUUUGGUCUUUCGGAUGUUUCAGCCUUGAAUUUAUCAUUUGGCUACUCCACGGAACGAAUGGACUCGAGCGUUUUCGUCGCAACAACAUUGGAGAUUAUGGGUUGUCAGAUUCAUUCUACGAUAUAAGCCACGGCAGAAUCGUCAAAGUACAUGGCGUUGUCAGUCACUGGAUGGAUCACCUUGAGAAAAACGCAAUUUGCCAAAAAGAGACGAGCGCACUUGGAGAUCUCCUUGACAUUGUUCGGAAUGGCCUUCUAGUCGUCAAGCUUCCUCAGGGGGGUGGCAAUGCCAAUACCCGUGUCAAAACCUAUUCAAGAUUCUUGCGACAAAACGAUCAGAAGCAGAACGAAACAAAGAGUGACAUCGGAUCGGACGUUCCAGACACCACAUAUCAUCUGUCAACCGAUGGAGAGGAUAAGGUCCUUGAUAUUCAUCUGUCAAAUGACAUCGAAAAUCUUGAUCUCAACAAGGAGGGCCUGCUCGCCGAAUACGAGUGUGGCGAUGGAACCAUGCGAUCGGAGAAUGCCAACUCUGCCCCACCAGUAGUCGAAAUAGAGCGAUUUCGCGCCGUUGAGCUAGUUGAAAAUCUGAACCGGAUAGCUGAGAUUGGAGAGUCAGACAGCUACUGGUUCCAAGAUCUCCCACGCUGUUCAAUACCCCCAAGUUUCAGGGAUAGGGCCGCCCAUGCAUCACUUAGGAUACCGAUCCACAUGAGGGGCAAUUAUCAGUGUCCUGAUCUUGACCCAGAGGAUUGGCGAACGGGUCUUGACAACAAAUUCGCUGCGACUACUUUCGAAAGGCUCGCAAAUGUUGUGCAAUCAUCGCCUCCACAUUCGUCUGAAGUUACUCAACGUCUUUGCGAUGAAUGUCAAGACUUCCGGAAAGAAAUAUGGAGUCCUUUCUUCAGUAAGACCUACGAGACACGGUUGCUAUCGCAGAAUGUACGCAGUUGCGACUUGUGUGCCCUGUUGUGGCAUGUUUGUCAGGAUGACGCAAGCGCAAGACACUCAAAAGUAAGGUUUGAACGGCGCGGAUCUGCAAUCAAGAUUAACGAUAGGACACUUCCCGCCCUGUCACUAUUCCGUCAAUACAAUGCUCGCAGUGCAGUCCCUGAUAUCCAGACGGGGUUUAGUGAGCUUCCGAAUCCCGGAACACUACUUCACCUUGAGCUCUUAAAAAGCUGGCUCGAUCAUUGUGAUAGUGAGCACUGGAAAAACCCCAGAUGCAAACCUUCCAGAUUCAAGAGAUCCGCAGCUGGCUCAGUCCUUCAGCUUCCAACUCGACUUAUUGCUGUAGGUACAAAUACCGAAAACACAGUGAAGUUACAAGAAAUGGAAGGUCUGGAUGUAGGAGACUGGGUGGCCUUAUCUUAUCGCUGGGGUCCGCCACCGCACUUCUCCACAACCCAACGAAAUCUGAACGAGAUGUAUGAUGGCAUAGAUGUCGGCAAACUUCCAAAGACCUUCAUAGACGCGAUUGCAAUCACCCGCGCAUUAGGAAUACCUUACCUAUGGAUUGACUCAAUUUGCAUUAUACAAGAUCAUGAUGGGGACUUUAAGAAUGAGGCCACCAAGAUGAAGGACGUGUAUAACGGGGCAUACUGCGUGCUUGCUGCUUGCUGCGCUACUGACCAAAGGUCAGGUUUUCUGUCGCCUCGAUGGGCCCGACGCCAGGUUACGCUAGAUUCGCAGCACUUGGACUACGGUGCCAUCCAUGUGUGUGAAACAAUCGACAACUUCGAGCAUCACGUUCUCAAAGGAGGUCUAGCCAGACGUGGAUGGGUUCUUCAGGAGCAUGCGCUUGCUCGGCGGACGAUAUUCUUCACAGAAUACCAAACAUAUUGGGAGUGCGGUCACGGCAUACGCUGUGAGACCAUGUCAACAUUGACUAAUGAGCAUGCCUCUCUGUUGGGCGAUCCCAAUUUCCCCAAACUUUUGGAACCGGCGGAACAUGGCGAGGUUGUCAUGCGACUCCAAGAGCUGCUGAAACAGUACUCAAGACUCGGUUUAUCGAGGGACUACGACCGUUCCACAGCAAUAGCUAGCCUCCAAAAACGCCUGAUAACCGUCAUGAACCUACAAGGGGAUUACGGGAUAUUUGAGAGUAACGACAACCCAGGUCUACUUCGCCGCAGUCUCCUCUGGUAUCGUCCCUUGGACGUUAAAAGCUUGGCCACAAUCAACUAUCCGAAGAGUCAAGAAGUACCCUCCUGGUCGUGGAUGUCGUGCUCGGGACCUAUCGAUUACUUCCCACUAACCUUCGAUGGAUUUGAAUGGCAAGCUCUGGAUUCGACGUGGUCGACGGGAAGAAGAUCAUGGCAGUGGUCCUGGGCAUAG